AUGGCAACAUUUAGCCGGGCUCCAAUCAGUCGUAGCGACUUUGAAAUUGGAAUACUUUGCUCAACAGAUCUGGACUACACUGCUAUAUGCCUUCUUUUAGAUGAUUGCUGGGACGCUGAAGGAUAUACAUUUGGCAGAGUCGACGGAGACUUCAACUUCUAUGUCACAGGUCGCAUUGGAUCUUUCAAUGUUGUUAUCUUGAUGCUCAGCGAUAGGGGCAAGGCUUCGGCAGCAGCAGCAGCAGCCAGCCUUCGCUCAAGUUAUCACGACCUCAAGCUCAUCUUUAUCACCGGAAUCUGCGAUGGCGUCCCAGGCACAAGGGGAGAAGACGGGGAGCUUGCGCUAGGGGACGUCGUCGUCAGUAAGAGUAUCGUUCAAUAUGACCUCGGCCGCCUCUACUCCGACAAACUUGCGAUCAAGACGGCCGUUGAAGACAGCCUUGGUAGGCCAUCUAGAGAUGUUCGAAAUUUCAUCGCCGCUAUGAGCACUAGGCCACACCGCAAGGCUUUGGAGAAGAGAGCGGCGGCUCAUCUAGCGCGGAUUCAGAAGGAUGCUGUCAAUAGAGUGAUUUACGAGUAUCCCGGCUCAGCCAACGACAUUCUUUUCGAGCCUACAUACCAUCACAAACUGGUUGUGACUACAAUCGCCAGCUACCUCGGCAGCGCUUUGAAGAUACGAAACGGUUGCAAGUCAACCAAGGAUGGAAUAUAUCGUGACCAGAUCGCUCGAGAGCUAGACAUUAUAGCUCUUGAAACUGGAAGUGCCGGAGCUUGGGAUGAGUUGCCCUGCGUCAUUGUCAAAGGCGUAAGCGGCUACGGAGACGGCCAUAAGAACAGUAAUUGGAAUAAUUGGCAAAAUUUUGCCGCUGCAACGGCUGCAUCAACCACGAGAGCACUAAUUGAGCGUUACCCUUCUACAGACAAAACUCACAUCAUGCGGAAUCGCCAAGUAUACGAUGCUUGCCUCAAAGAUUUAUUCAUAACAGAUCCCGAGGUUGAUAAAUUACGUAUUGAAAGCACAAAAGGUGGAUUGUUUGAGAAGGCGUACAAUUGGAUUCUCACAAAUGAGAAUUAUCUUCAGUGGCGUGACAAUGCCGAAUCCCGUCUACUGUGGAUCAAAGGUGACCCUGGAAAAGGAAAGACAAUGCUAUUAUGUGGCAUAAUUGAUGAAUUAAAGAAAGACAGGCCGACUAGAAAUGUCUGUCACUUUUUAUGCCAGGCAACAGAUUCUCGUCUUGAUAAUGCGACAUCAAUCCUGCGUGGCUUGUUACACACAAUCAUCGGCCGACAACCUGUACUCUUCUCACACAUGAGAGAUGGAUAUGAGAAGGCAGGAAAAAAGCUAUUCGAGGAUACGAACUCCUGGUAUUCCCUAUCGGAAAUAUUCUUGAACCUUAUCAAUGACCCUAAUUUAGAAAGUCUAACCAUCAUCAUCGACGCACUCGAUGAAUGCAAGACAAAUCUGUCACAGCUUCUUGAUUUAAUAGCGAAAGACUUAUCCUCGUCCUCUUCAAAAGCAAAAUGGCUGUUAUCAAGUCGCAACGAACAGGAUAUCAUAGACGUAUUGGCAACAGCCAAAAACAGACGCGCUAUAAGCCUCGAACUCAACGCCGAUUCAGUAUCCAAGGCAAUCGAAGAUUACGUCGACCAUCAAGUGCAGGCGCUUUCUACACUAAAGGAAUAUACAAAAGAUCAGGAAGCCAAGGUUAAAAGAUAUCUCCAUGAAAACGCAAAUGGUACAUUUCUCUGGGUUGCCUUGGUUUGCGCACAACUUAAGGGAGCUCCUCGUUCCGAUCCUCUGCCAAAGUCAUCCGAGUAUCCUGCAGAACUUAACAGUUUAUAUGGGCGAAUGAUCACUAAAGUGUGUAACCCCGGUAUACCAGGCCAAGGAAGAAAAAUCCUUGCUAUUGCUACUGUCUCACGCCGACCUCUUACCAUAACAGAAUUCAAUUCCCUUGUCAAUACUUCUGAGGAUCAAAGACAGUCUUUAGAAUUGGUCUGGGGAGAUAUUUUGGGCUACUGUGGCUCAUUCCUGACUCUGAGGGAUGGUACAGUCUAUUUUGUGCAUCAGUCGGCCAAAGACUUUCUUAUCACAGAGGCAUCAGCUCAGCUAUUCCCCGACGGUUUAAGGCUUAUUGACGAACGAGUAUCAGGACUAAAAGACCUUGUCCAGGAUAAUUACCGAUUUAUCCGAAUCAACGAGAUAGCGAGUGGCGGUCUCUACAGAGACGAGAUUAUCAUCUGGGAUAUCGUUACAGGUGCGGCUCUAUGGAGAUCUCAAAUCGCCCUUGACAUUUUCUCUUCCUAUAUCGCCUUAUCAAGAGAUGGACGACUUGCAUUAUGCAACUCCGGCGGGGUUUACAUUCUGGAUGUUGCUACUGGGAAAAUGCUAUCGACGCAAAAGAUUCAGCCUGGCGAAUUAGCAUUCCCAUGUGAGCAAGACGGGAAUCAUAUAUAUAUUGCCAGUCAGAGCGUCAUUAAUGUUGUGGAACUCGGCUCACGAGAGCCAUCUCGGAAGAAUCUAAGCAGUGGUCAUCUCGAGCAACUAACCACAGCAUACCAUCGUGCCGUACUUUCACCUGAUGGGAGACAGUUGGCUACAUUCACAAGGCACCCAGUGCCAAUGAUAUUUGUUUGCGAUACCUUAUUUCAGAACAGGACUUGCAUCCGCAUCCGAGUACACGGCUUUGUAGCUGAUCUCGCACUCGCAUUUUCCCCCGACUCGAGCAAGUUAGCCUGCUUUCUGGACAGGAAGCUUCGAGUAUGGGACGUAUCGUUAAAGCCGAAGACGAAGACUCUGCUGUACCACAAACAUCACUGUGUAAAUUUUGGCCGCAAACUACUCUUCUCUAAUGACGGCGUAUAUCUAGCUGUUGCUUAUGCCAGUUUCGAGGCUUCAGGACGGUCCAAGCGGAAGAUUGGGAUUUGGAACGUCGAUACAUCACAGCGUUUUAUCUAUCUAGAAGAUUUGGAGCCAGGUGAGUCACUGUGGGAAACCUUUCUUGCCUUCUCUCCAAGCAACAAGUUUCUGGCAUUUUCAUGGCAUAAUAUUGUAAGAGAUGUCACGAGAGUCGAAGUUUGGGACGUUACUUCUCGCAAAGGAGUCUUUGCCAAGAGCAUCUGCGGCGACGACUUGAAAUCUUCUAAAAGAGGCUCCUCUACUCAAGCCGGGCCCUUCGGUUCUUUUUCUCGGCUUAUUACUGAGUCAGUCAGGCUUAAGCGGCUGUCUUUCUCAGACGAAAGCCAUUUGAUCCUUGACCAUGGCGAUAUCCGAAUCAUACUUAAGACAAAACAGAGCUCAGAGCCAGCAGAAGAACCAAAUGAAGAAUUUGUCCGUUUGAGAGAUAGCAAUGAUCUCACCCUUGAGCAGUCUAAUUCUUGGAUCAACUUCAGAGGAGAAAAGCUCCUGUGGCUGCCUCCCGAGUACCGCCCUCACGACAAGCGAGGUAUAUGUAUUCAACAGAACUGCAUUCUCAUCACAGAACCCUAUGAAGGGCGCCUCUUCCUCUUGAAGUUCUGCUGCAGUGGCUGCAUUGGACGGAUUUUUACCCCGGAUUGGCAACCGGGCGAAAGCACAUUGUGCUCCGCAGAUGUCGAGGCGCCUGUGGCUAGACCUGAGCUUGGUGGUAGCGAAUUGGAGUUCCUUACAAUGGAUCCACCAGACGACAAGAUGAUGAUGAUUAGCAAUAAGAGUACUGCAGAUAUAUGGAGAAUAGUUAACCGGGAGAUACUAAUAAAACUUCAGGAGGUAGGCUAUAAAAUCUCGAAACUUGGGAGAUCUUCUUACUAG